CCAAGUCACCGACAAAUACCUUCCAAUUUGAUAAACGUUCAGAAACACUGUCAAGACAGUACAAAUAUUGUUGUUAUUCCGUUACCAUAGCAACCACAAACAAAUGAUUGUAAACAAAAUCGUAUGACAUUAGCACUAAUACUCGCUCGUAGAAUAAAUUCGUUACUAAUUUUCAGCUUAAAAUGUCCAAUUUGAGUGGUUUUGAUAGUGAAGCGAUAGGUUUCGACUCUAUCAGCCAGAAUAAGAGGUCUGAAACUGACUGUUCUACGCAGACAUAUUUCACUGAAAGCGGUACAGCUUCACAGACCAAUGUGGCGAAAGAUUGCGGUAGCAUGGUCACACCUGAAGAACUGAAUGCUGAAGAUGAUAUUUUGAAGGAGUACCCACCGCCUGGCCUGAAUGAGUUUCUGAGGAAGGUGGUGCCUUCAAUGCUGGAGCAGCUUGACAACAGCGACAAGGAUUACCUCUACCAGUCUUCGGAUUCGGAAGAUGACGACAUCCUUACUGCUAAGGUGUUCCAAGAGAUAGACCUGAAGGUGGACAUGCGUCUGGGCGCCGGUGACUCGCAGCCCUCGGUCCUGGGAGUCACGUGGUCCAGCGCUGGCAACUCGCUGGCCGUCUCCAUCGGAGAGUCCCAGCACGAGAAUUGGUGCCAACAUGAUGGACUGAUCAGAGUGUAUACAGUGAAACGGGCUGAACAAGACAAGCUGGUUCAUACCAUGGACAUCACUGAGAAGAACUGUGUCACCGCGUUGAGGUACCACCCUUCGGUGUCCGCGCUGCUGGCCUACGGCAGCGCUUCAGGAGAGGUGGUGCUGUGCAACCUGCGGACUGCUGAGGAUGGGAUGCAGCUCAGCUCGCCGGCAGGAUGCCACGGCUCCAAACGCGUAUCAGCGCUGUUGUGGGCCGACCCUCCUCUGGCCAACAUGUACCUGACGGCGCAGAUCACCAAAACAGGCAAGCGUCGAGGGGCUUCGGACCAGAUCCUCAUCUCCUCCGGGAGCGACGGCACAGUCAAUGUUUGGCAGGUGAACGCAAACUUGAAGAUCUUCGAGAAUGUGAUCAGCUACAAUAUCAACGGGUCCCGGAAGAUGGGCGCCCCGGACAUCAGCUGCUUCGACUACAUCAAGACUUACCCGCUACGCCCAAGCGACCAGAAAGUUUCUGAUGACGUGUUCGUUGUUGGCACAAAAACCGGCCACUUAUACCUCUGCAAGACAAAAACAGAUCAGCUCAGCGAGUUCAUCGAUGACCUAGAUCCAGUUUACGAAGUUCUGGAGGGACACUCCACGUGUGUUAUGGACCUAGCCUUCAGCUUCCAAAAGCCAGGGGUGUUUGCCUCCAUAUCCAUGGAUUCUGAGUUGAGGGUCUACGACAUCAAUCAGGCUGGACCUCUGAAGGUCUUGUGCUUGGAUAUCCCAAUAUCCUGCAUGGCGUGGUUGCCAACCAACCCGUGUAUCACGGUGCUGGGCCUUAGCAAGCCAGAGAGGCAGGUGCUAAGUGUCUACAAUGUGUCCAGUGGAAGACCAGUCAAGGUGGAAGGGCUGAGCGGCGGUGCGGGCGUGCGCGCCAUUGCUGUCAACCAGAGCGGCACUUGUCGUAUAGCCGCGGGGGACGAGGAAGGCGUGGUCCGGGUGUAUGAUUUGCCGUCCAGGCGCAUCAGACUGUCCCCGGAAGACUUGGAGUUCUAACAUCAUCUUAGGAGACAGCUGUUGCCUGUGCCUAGCCGCCUGUUCCACAGAAUAGUGUCAAGCCGAAGACCAGGGGGGUGCGGUCUGCAUGUUAACGUGGUCUGCAUGAUUUUCGUCGGCGGCGUCCUAAUAGACACAGCAAAUGUCUACGUAGAUGGACAUCGAAGGUGUGCCGCGACGGCUGAGGGUAAAAAGGCCACAUCGAAACAGUUCGUCUAAAAAGCCAUUUUUAGACUAAAAAGUAAGACCCAGGAGAUGGGGUGAGGUCGGCGCCCGAUACGAAUAGGUUAGUUUCCAACUAGGUAGUCAAAUCAGUUACUUUUUUAUAAACGUCAAAACACGACAUUAUUAUGGAAUUUGUACGAAAAAGCACACUGUGACGUCAUAGAAAAACGUGAUAAUAUUUCGGACUUAUUAUUACGUUUUACUUUUUUAUAAUUCA